GCGCUGCGUCAUCGCCCCGCGCGGCCGCGAGCGGCUCGGAGAUGGGGGCGCGGCGCGCGCUGCACUUCGUCUUCAAAGUGGGCGACCGCGGCCGCAGCGCGCGCUUCUACCGCGAGCUGCUGGGCAUGAGGGUUCUCAGACAUGAAGAAUUCGAGGAAGGCUGUAAAGCUAGCUGCAACGGCCCUUAUGAUGGAAAAUGGAGUAAAACAAUGGUGGGCUAUGGACCAGAAGACAAUCACUUUGUUGCAGAGUUGACUUACAAUUACGGUAUUGGAGAGUAUCGACUUGGCAAUGACUUUCUGGGCAUAACACUUGUGUCCAGCCAGGCUGUGAGCAACGCUAAGAAGCUGGGGUGGCCCCUCAGUGAAGUUGCCACUGGUAUGUUUGAAACUGAAGCCCCAGGAGGAUACAAGUUCUACUUGGAAGACAAGGAACAGCUAAAGGAAGAUCCUGUGCUAAAGGUAACUUUGGGUGUCUCCGAUCUGCAGAAGUCUAUUAACUACUGGUCUAAUUUGCUUGGGAUGAAAAUAUAUGAGAAGGAUGAGGAAAAGCAAAGGGUUUUGCUAGGCUAUGCAGAUAACCAGUGUAAAUUGGAGUUGAAGAAUGUUGGAGGAGCAGUGGAUCAUGGGACAGCAUUUGGGCGGAUUGCCUUUUCCUGUGCAAAGGAAGAGUUGCCAAACAUUGAAGCACUGAUGAAAAAGGAGAAUCAGAAAAUUUUAACACCUCUGGUUAGCUUGGACACACCUGGCAAAGCCACAGUACAAGUGAUUAUUUUGGCAGAUCCUGAUGGCCAUGAAAUCUGCUUUGUGGGAGAUGAAGCAUUUAGAGAUCUGUCCAAGGUGGAUCCUAACGGUGACAAAUUGUUAGAUGAUGCCAUGGCAGCAGACAAGAGUGACAAAUGGUUUGCUGAGAAAAAGAUGAAGAAGGCUUCUGCUUAGCUGGAGAAAAAGACUUGUCUGAUCAUUCGUGCCUUGGUUUCCAUCUGAGUGAAAUGCCUGUAACAUGUAAUGUGCUGUGUUAUCCUUCUCAGUAAGAGGCCAGCCUAAUGUCACAUGCUGGGGUUUUUUUUUUGAGUUUGUAUCUCUUAAUGCUAAUGUCUCCUUUCAAGUAAAUGCCACAUGCUCCUUCAAAUGUAGGUGAAAAUUUGGAUUGUCCAGUAAGGAACAGAUUGAGCAUGUGCUUUCAAAAACAGGGGCCAUGAGUUAAUAGGUGGAAACCUCUCACAUUUCACUAUUCGUGUUAGACUUGAGAAAGAGGUCCAAGAUUUCCCUCUAAUGCUGCUACGGCUCUCUGAUAUCGUGUGUAAUGCACUGUUACAGUUGUCACCGUGCUGAACAGCUGUCCUCGGUUAGCCUUCUGCCGUGGUUGAAAGUGAAUAAUAACUUUCACAGUUUUCCUGUUUAAAGUCACCAGAAGCAGAUUUCUGAUGUAUUGAAACCAAAGUAUUAAAAUAUAAUUUAAAAGUGGGAGCCUAAUUAUUUGGCUGUAUUUAGUAAAGAAUUAAAAUAAGAAUUAAGUUUGUGGAUGAAAAGAAAUUCAUUUACAGGUGUUCUCAAAUAGUCGCUUUCAAAGCAAAAUGUGAGCUCAAGAGUAAAAUAAAAGUAUUACAUGGAAAAGGCCUAUUCUGUUUCCACUAAAUCUGAUGGAUAAUUUGAGGAGGAACUCUUCCUGGCAAAAGCUUGUCAACAGCAGUCGAGCUGGACAGGAGUUACUACUAAAGCUUAUUCUCUAAUGAAUCUGUAGAUGCACAGCCCCACGUGUCCCGGGCAGGAGCCUGGCUGGGCCUCGGGGCCGCAACGGCCCUGUGCUUCCUGGCCAAGAAGUAACUUCAAAUACGUACGCGCGGCUCUGCGGUUAGCUUUGGGGUUAAAAUACCUGCGGAAGCAACGGUUAUGGGUUUAAUCUGUCGGAAUAAAGUCACUUUGUUUUAGCUCGGGGAAUGGGAACUUGGGAAUGCGGGGAAUCAUCGCCAGCAUUGUUCCUGUUAAAAGCCAGCACGCUAGCUGGUUUUUCAUCUUUCUUCAUGAAAACGUGAAAUGAUUUUGCAUCCUUUUUUCUGUAAAACUUAACAGCGUUAGCAAUUGUGUAUCACUGAGACAAUUUAAAUGCUGAAAAGGAAUAUUCUAAAUUAAAAUGGGAAAAAUCCCUGAAUAUGUUGUUGGAGCUUUUUAUUGCAUUUGAUUAAACAAACUGUUGAUCAAGUAAAAAAUAUUACACUUAAAUUGUAUCUCCAAAACUCGUUGCUUGAAAGUGUGCAACUGGAUGAAUAAAAGUGCUUUGCGAUGA